AUGGAGAAGCCAGAGGAAUCAGCUGAGGCGCGGAUGUCACGCGGUCUGGCUCCUAUCAAGAGAGAAUACAUCCGAAAAGCUGCUCCCCGAGGCACAAUUGAUGACAAGAUCUACAAGGCCGAGCAGCAAAGGAACAACGGCGCUAGUAAAGUGGCUUCAGAGAAGAAGUCUAGGCGGAAGAUGAAGAAGGCAAUGCACCCCAAAGCUUCACAAUUCCGUGCAGGCGAUCUGUGCUUCAAUCACGCCCGAGACCAGUGCCCUUAUGGGGACAAAUGCAAGUUCAAUCAUGACAUUGUGGCAUAUGCUGCAGCCAAGCAGCCAGACCUGCCUGGUCGCUGCCCUUCUUCGGCCAUGCCAGAGUGCCCAUAUGGUAGGUGCCUGCACACUUGCUGCCUUACAUUCUGUUCAGAACACUUGCAAAAUAUGCAUGCACGCAUGCCUGAUUUGCCAGAGCCGCCUACCACCAACACCCUGGACAAGGACCUCCAGGGCUCUCUGCGCAGGAGCACCUACGACUUUGGCAGGGCUCAGGAGGUGCUCAGCAACCUGGGAAUAAAGAGCAGCUGGCGCUUCGGGAAGGACACAGGCAGCAAGCAGAAGGCACAGCAUCCUGCUCCAGAAAACAAUGCCCCAGAAGAUCAGAACGGACACGAACAUGAGGACGCACAGCCAGAAAUUGGUCUCCAGGAGCCCGACCCCAAGCGGCAAAAGACAGACAGCUCAGCGCCCGCUGAUGUCAGCGCUGCCGCGGCUGAUGCCAGCGGUGCCGCUGAUGUCAGCAUUCCUGCUGAUGUCAGCACUGCUGCAGCUGAUGCGAGCGGGGCCUGCAUAGGGGCAGAGGCAGCGGCAGAGGCAGGCUCUGCGCAUGCGGAGACGGAGGCAACGCCGCCUGUGAGGGAGAAGCGGCGCAUAGACUUCAAAGGGAAGCUCUACCUUGCACCCCUGACCACCGUCGGCAACCUGCCCUUCAGGCGCGUAUGCAAGCAGCUGGGCGCUGACAUCACCUGCGGUGAGAUGGCGCUGGCGACUAACCUGCUGCAGGGGCAGGCCUCUGAGUGGGCGCUCCUGAAGAGGCACCCCAGCGAGGACCUGUUCGGCGUGCAGGUGUGUGGGGGCUAUGCGGAUUCGCUGGCGAGGUGUGCGCAGCUGCUGGAAGAGCACGUGGAUGCAGACUUUGUGGAUGUCAACAUGGGCUGCCCCAUCGACCUCGUCUGCAACAGGGGAGCUGGGUCAUCGCUGCUGAAUAAGCCACAGAGGAUCGAGCAGAUUUCGCGCUCCAUGUCCUCCAUCCUCUCCUGUCCCCUCACCAUCAAGGUUCGCAAGGGGUAUUAUGACGGCGAUGACAACGUGCACGCGUGGCUGCCCAAGGCUCCGUCCUGGGGCGUAUCUGCCGCCACCCUGCACGGCCGCACCCGCCAGCAGCGGUACACGAAGCUGGCGGACUGGGAGUACAUCCAGUCUGCAACCGCUGCGGCGCCUGGCCUGCAGCUGAUCGGCAACGGCGACAUAAUGUCGUUCACCGAGUACAACGAGCGCACCGUGGCCUGCCCGGACCUCGCCACUGUCAUGUUUGCGCGUGGCGCCCUCAUCAAGCCCUGGCUCUUCACCGAGAUAAAGGAGCAGCGACACUGGGACAUAAGCGCUGGCGAGCGGCUGGACAUCUUCAAGCGCUUCUGCUCCCACGGUCUCCUGCACUGGGGCUCCGACGCGCGCGGCGUAGAAAGCACGCGGCGCUUCCUGCUGGAGUGGAUGAGUUUCACGCAUCGCUAUAUCCCCCUCGAGCUCAUGGAGGUUGUCCCCCAGCGGUUGCACUGGCGGGCGCCGGCGUACGUGGGCAGGUCACAACUGGAGACGCUACUCGCGAGUGAGUCAGCGGCUGACUGGGUGCGCAUCAGCGAGAUGCUGCUGGGCCCAGUGCCGGCGAAUUUCAGCUUUGCGCCCAAGCACAAGGCGAAUGCGUACGCCAACAGCGAGGGCGGCAUGGCCUUUGAGGCACAGGCCGAGGGCUGA